AUGGUGACCGGAACGGGAAGCUCCAAGGCGGCUCCGUCGUCUUUUUACUCGAUGAAAGAUUUCUUGAAUCAGACAGGCGGUUUUGCUGUGAUAGACGGAGGGCUUGCGACGGAGUUCGAGAGACAUGGAGCGGAUCUCAAUGAUCCUCUCUGGAGCGCCAAAUGCCUUCUCACAUCUCCUCACCUCAUUCACACCGUGCAUCUCGAUUACCUUGAAGCUGGUGCUGAUAUCAUUUCCAGCUCUUCUUAUCAGGCCACGAUUCAGGGGUUUGAAGCAAAGGGUUUUUCAAAAGAAAAAGGUGAAUCUUUGCUUAGAAAGAGCGUAGAAAUAGCUUGUGAAGCUCGGAAGACGUAUUAUGAAAAAUGCGGAACUAGCUCCUCCAGCGAAAUCAUGGAUGAUAAGAUUCUUAAAAAGCGGCCUAUACUAGUUGCAGCAUCAGUAGGCAGCUAUGGUGCGUAUUUGGCUGAUGGGUCAGAAUACAGUGGAAUCUAUGGUGAUUCGAUCACGCUGGAAACACUGAAGGAUUUUCACCGCAGACGGGUCCAAGUUCUGGCGGAGGCUGGUGCUGAUUUAAUAGCAUUUGAGACCAUUCCAAACAAGCUAGAGGCUCAGGCAUUUGCUGAGCUGUUAGAUGAGGGAGAUGUGAAGAUCCCUGGGUGGUUUUCGUUCAACUCAAAGGAUGGGGUGAACGUGGUAAGCGGAGAUUCCAUCAAGGAGUGUAUCGCCAUAGCUGAAACCUGUGAGAAAGUAGUGGCUGUUGGGAUCAACUGUACCCCUCCAAGAUUCAUCGAGGGGCUAGUUUUGGAGAUUGAAAAGGUAACGACCAAGCCAAUACUAGUGUACCCAAACAGCGGAGAAAGCUAUGAUGCUGAACGGAAGGAGUGGGUUGAAAACACAGGAGUUGGGGAUGAAGACUUUGUAUCAUACGUAGAGAAAUGGAUGGAUGCAGGAGUGUCUCUCUUGGGAGGUUGCUGCCGCACGACACCAACCACCAUCAGAGGCAUCCACAAGAGACUUGUCAACCGCAGAUCUCUCUUCUCUUCUCAUCAUUAG